GACGACGGCAAAGUCGCCGCAUUCCUGCAACGGAACGGACUCCACACCUCCGCCAUCGCGGCAGCGCACGAGUUCGCGCAGUCACUGUUUCCCGCCUGCGACGUCAAGAGGGCGCCGUUUCAGGGGUACUGCUCGUAUACGCUGCUCCUGAGGCCGCUCCCGAGGCCGCUCCCGCCCGGCAGUAGUCGUGUAAGCCACGAAGCGACGGGACCGCGGCGGGAUAGCGGGGUCGAGGCUGGUGAAGGGACCGGUGGAGGGAGUUUGGGGAGUCAAAGCGGGAGCGAGGGCGGUACGAGUUGGAAGAGCGGUGGCAGCGGCGGCGGCGGCGGCGGUGGUGGAAGACUCGUUCAGUUCCGGCCUAGGAGGCAUGGUAUUGAUGUUGAUAUCUGCGGCGAGGCGAGGGCUGUGUUUGGGGAUGGGAUCGUGCCGGGCGUGGAGGAGCUUGGUGUCUUGGAGGGGUUGGAGACGACGACGACGACGAGCCGUGGUGGGAGGGGGAGGAAGGACGGGGAGCUGUGCGCGUAUCUCUUGGAGAGGGUCGGCGGUGUUUCGUUGACGGGGUUCAGGGGUAUGUCCGCCGGUCUGGGGACGGAUCCGAGGGCGUCGAGGCGGAGGCUUGUUGCGGAUCUGGCUGUUGUCUUUGCGGAUUCGUGGAGGGGCAGGCGGGAGGCUUUUUGGGGUGAUGGACACGGCGACGGCGUCAGGGGCCGCGUGGGAGGGAGUAUGGCGUGGCGGUUGGAGAUUAUGGAAAAGGGGUUGCCUUUGGAGUUUAGGGCCGUUGUGAAGGAGGUUAGGGGGGAUUUGGGGGAUAUCGAGGGGUUGCCUUGGGUUGUUACGCAUGGGGACCUCGUGCCGGAUAACGUCAUGGUUCAUCCGCCGCGCGAGGAGGGUGAGGGCGAGGGCGGCGAGGCGUGGGUGAGGCAGAGGCUGGGGUGGGGGAGGGAGGAGAGGGCUGGCGGGUUGGUUGGGUUGAUUGACUGGGCUGAGGCGGAGUGGUUGCCGUUCGGGGUGGGGAUGUACGGGCUUGAGGAGGUGUUGGGGGAGGAUGUUGUUGUUGAUGAGAGCAGUGAUAUCGACUGUGUUGGCGGUGUAAGUGUUGCUACUACCGCCACGACUACGACGACGACGACGAGGUUCGAGUACUAUCCCGAAGCAGCCUCCCUUCGCACCCUCUUCUGGGAUGAGGUCGGGCGCGUGGUGGGUGAUGAGGAGGUUAUUCGCCGGGCGAAGCGGGCUCAGGUUCUCGGAGUCCUGCUCUGGAGGGGCAUUGCCUUUGACGAUGGUGCGCUGGGCAGGGUUGUGGACGCGGAGAGGGACGCGUGGGACUUGCAGAGGUUGCGAGCUUGGGCCUUUGAGGAUGGGGGGCUCGGGUUGAGUCGUGGGAAGGCUGAGGCUGAGGUGGCUCGGGGGAGAAGGAAGGGGGAGAAGAGAGGUGGCAGACGGUUGUUGAAGAGGGUUUUGGGAUGGAUCAGAGGGUGCUUUAAGGGGUUGUGA